CAGUCAAACGAACCAUCCUGGAAGUUACUGAUUUUCUGUAUUACAAUUUGCUCAACAUCACUGAGAAGAUGAAUCUGAGGGUGACGGACAUGCCUGUGACGACUACAAACAAGCUGAAAAUCACAGCUAUACCCAAGCUUCAUGCCAGGAGGUUCGUGAUCAGCAUGGGCGAACAGGAGAAAAAAAUUGCCCUGAAUUGCGAUGUCCGCUUCGACUACAAUGGGGACUAUCACAUCAUCGUCUUUAACUCCACUGGCUAUGACUGUGGUUGCAAUGAGACGAGGGAGACACACUUCUUCUUUCAGGAGGGAAAGGAGUUCCAGAUAACAAUCACCUUCAACUCUGAGGAAUUUCAUGUUAAGAUUCCUGAUGACUACGAUGUGUCAUUCCCCAAUAGUGCUGGUGGGGAUGCACUCAAGUUCAUCCAAGUACAGGGGGAUAUGAUAAUCAAGAGCUUCAAAAUUGAAUAAGCAAGUCUACAGGCACUGGAUCUGCCCUGUCUGGCUGCUGAUUGGCUGUGAUCUGUGCCCUAUCCUCAAUGAAGCUUAACCAUGAUGCUUAUUGUUAACCCCGCUAAUGCAGUAGUGACUAUACUUCGUGCUCCUUCUUGCUAUAUGCUUCUGUUUGCACAAACCUGUACAACUUCCCCAGCUGGUCUUCUGAAGAUAUUUUAAUGUGAAAAUAUUUUGACAUUUCAGAAUCUUCAAUAAAUCUCACUGCAUUUUG